UAACAUGAUAGCAAUAAUAGUAAUGAGUAUUUGCGCGUAAUAUAAAAAGAAUAUUCUGUUGAUUAAAAAAAUCAAUAAAUUAAGCGUGUGGAACACUCGUAGAGUAUGCACGCGGUUGCCUUAGCGAACGGUAUAUAUUGUUACAGUGUGACCUUUAGUGAUAUCAUUGAAUUGAUGGAGACUAUUUUACUAAAAGGUUCAAAUUAAUUAUAAGUUUUAGCCGGAAAUACUAGCAGUUCAUUGCGAUGACAAAUUGGAAUAAUACAAAAUUUUGAAUAUAGCAAAUUGUUAUUUUCACAGGCGAAUGGAAAGUUAUAUUUUAAACUGAAUGACUUUCAUACAGAUACACGUUAUCAUUUUGUGAAUCUAUGUGUGAACAUUUUAUGCACAAAGCAAUUAAUUAAGAUGAACAAUGAUAUUAAAUGACCUAUUUCAUAUUAUUCUAUAAAAAUUGUGUAUUUAGCGGAGAGAGACAAGAACAAUGAACGUUAUGUGGAUCUGGAACGUGGCCUGUUUCAUGAUGGACGUUAUUGCUUAUUUGCUGUCAUGUUUCAGAAUUAGAGAAACGGAGGAAGGAGAGAACGAAGAAAAGAAGAAAAGACAAAAGCAUGACCAAGAUUAUUUUACGAGUUACGCAGACAUCUGUGUUCACGAGGAGAUGCUGACUGACACUGUGAGAACAAACGCAUAUAGGUACGCGAUCCUGAAGAAUUAUGAGAAAAUUCGGGGCAAGGUGGUGGCAGAUGUCGGUGCCGGAACUGGUAUUUUAUCCGUGUUCUGUGUCCAAGCCGGUGCUAAGAAAGUAUAUGCAAUAGAAGCCAGUGAUAUGGCGGAACAAACUCAGGCAAUUGUAGAUGAAAACAAAAUGUCAGAUAGGAUUGAUGUUGUUCACAACACAGUAGAGACAGUGGUUUUUCCAGAAAAGCUUGAUGUUAUAGUAAGCGAGUGGAUGGGAUAUUGUUUAUUUUACGAAUCCAUGCUGCCUUGUGUAUUACAAUGUCGUGACAGAUGGCUGAAAAAGGACGGCGUGAUGCUUCCUUCUACAGCCAGUUUGUAUAUUGCUCCGUUCACAGACAACGAUUAUGAAAACAGGUUAGAAUUCUGGUCAGAGGUUCGGUCUGUGUAUAAAUUAUCUAUGGAAAGUAUGAAGCCCUAUGCACGCAAAUGUAUAUCAAAACAGGUUCAUGUUAACAGUAUUUCCCCGGAAAAUGUUCAGGCACAUGCUCAACAAGUUUGUCAUCUGAAUCUCAACAAAGUAACUGCAGCAGAGAUUAACAAUAUAAAGACAGAUUUCACAUUCCAUUGCUUUGGGCAAUCCAGCAUACAUGGAUUUACGACCUGGUUUGAUGUUGGAUUCCCAGAAAGUAUUACACUAACUACAUCGCCUUACUCCGAAGGGACACAUUGGUCACAGACUCUGUUCUAUAUAGAUGAACCAUAUGAUGUCACGCAAGACACUGUGAUAAAAGGAUGUAUCUCCAUAAAGCCUCAUUCAAGUGCUCCACGGUUUCUUGACAUCAGUGUUACAUAUCAAGUUGGAGAUGGCCCAAAACGUUGUAAAAGUUACUUUAUGAACGACUGUAUCACGUGAUUAAAAAGUAACAGCGGUUUGCAGACUCUUGUGAAAUUCGUCAGGGAUAAUUUAAAGAUGUGCUUUACUGCUCGGCAAAAAAUCGAUUGUUUUGUCGAAAUGUUUUAACUGAAUGCUUUGAAAGCAUAAUUUUUAACUGGAUUUACAAUAAUCAUAUUGAAAUUGUAUUACUAGAUAGAAGUAUACUAGGCUGCAAAAUUAUAUGCGACAUUUUCAAGAUAAUAAAAUAUACUGAAAGCUAAAUAUA